UUCAUUCAUUUCAAGGCCACUUCGUUCCUUCUCACUUUGAUCCAUCCCUCUCUUCCUUUCCCAAUGGCUGAGAGUGAGGGAUUUCCAGGAAGCUCCAUGCAUGGGGUCACCGGCAGAGAACAGACCUUCGUGUCCUCUGUUUCUUCCCCGAUGGUCCCUUCAGACCACACUGCCAAAUUCGCUCUCCCUGUUGAUUCUGAGCACAAAGCUAAAGUCUUCAAGCUCUUCUCUUUUGCCAAUCCCCACAUGAGAACCUUCCACCUGUCCUGGAUUUCCUUCUUCACCUGCUUCGUCUCAACCUUCGCAGCAGCUCCUCUGGUUCCCAUAAUCCGUGACAACCUUAAUCUCACCAAAUACGACAUUGGGAAUGCGGGAGUCGCCUCCGUCUCCGGCAGCAUCUUCUCUAGGCUUAUGAUGGGUGCAGUUUGCGACCUCUUAGGUCCCCGUUAUGGCUGCGCCUUUCUCAUAAUGCUUACCGCACCAACAGUGUUCUGCAUGUCGUUCGUGAAAGAUGCUGCUGGUUACAUAGCGAUACGGUUCAUGAUAGGGUUUUCGUUGGCCACUUUUGUGUCGUGUCAGUACUGGAUGAGCACUAUGUUUAACAGUAAGAUAAUAGGGCUUGCGAACGGGACGGCAGCUGGGUGGGGCAACAUGGGAGGUGGGGCCACUCAGCUUUUAAUGCCAUUGGUGUAUGAAUUGAUCAAGAGAGCAGGAUCUACUCCCUUUGUUGCCUGGAGAAUUGCCUUUUUUGUCCCAGGUUGGAUGCAUGUCAUCAUGGGAAUCCUCGUCUUGACCCUUGGCCAAGACCUGCCUGAUGGCAACCUUGGUGCUUUGCAGAAGAAGGGUGAUGUCGCUAAAGACAAGUUCUCCAAGGUGUUGUGGUAUGCGAUAACGAAUUACAGGACUUGGAUUUUUGCCCUACUCUACGGAUACUCUAUGGGAGUUGAAUUAACCACUGACAAUGUCAUUGCAGAAUAUUUCUAUGAUAGGUUCAAUCUGAAGCUGCACACCGCUGGAAUCAUUGCUGCUUCAUUCGGAAUGGCUAACUUUGUUGCUCGUCCUUUCGGCGGGUAUGCUUCCGAUCUUGCUGCUCGUUUAUUUGGGAUGAGAGGAAGGCUCUGGGCCCUCUGGAUCCUUCAAACUCUAGGAGGUGCUUUCUGCAUUUGGCUGGGACGUGCCAAUUCUCUUCCCGUCGCCAUCGUAGCCAUGAUAUUAUUCUCCCUCGGAGCUCAAGCUGCUUGCGGUGCAACUUUCGGCAUCAUCCCUUUCAUCUCAAGGCGCUCCCUGGGCAUCAUAUCUGGUCUAACGGGGGCAGGCGGAAACUUCGGGUCGGGGCUAACCCAGUUGAUUUUCUUCUCAACCUCCAGACUCUCCACCUCUGCGGGUCUGUCCUGGAUGGGCGUCAUGAUAGUGGCGUGCACUCUUCCGGUGAGUCUCAUUCACUUCCCUCAGUGGGGCAGCAUGUUCCUUCCUCCUUCUAAAGACAUGGAUAAGUCCACAGAGGAGCACUAUUAUGCAUCUGAAUGGAACGAAGAAGAGAGACAAAAGGGGUUGCACCAGCAGAGUCUCAAGUUCGCAGAGAACAGCCGUUCUGAGAGAGGCAAGCGUGUCGCCUCCGCCCCAACGCCGCCCAACACAACUCCGACCCAUCAUGUUUAACUGCACCUUGAGUUAAUAAGAGCUUGAGUCGUGGAGUCAGCACUCCUCUUUUAUAUAUAUAUAUAUCGUCAUAUAUAUGUUUCUGUUUAUUUCUCCCCCUUCACCCUGCCAGUUCCACUUUCAUAUACUUGAUGAGGUGGUUUCAUUUUAAGAGAAGUGAGUUCAAGGCUGAACGGGCAGCUUUAAAAUAACCCGCCCCCCAAAAUAAUGAGGAAGUAUGUGUAAAUAACAAAUAUUAAUACUGGAUGUUUCGUAUAUUUAAGUGAA